AAUUUAUCGACCGCUUAUCUCUAGUCCGAACUGUACGUGAAGAGUGCUGAAAUAUCAUGAGAGAGCCAAAUACACUUCGGAAGAUUGGACUAAUUGUUGCUGUUGAUUCGAAAUUUGGCAUUGGAAAAGAAGGGAAGAUACCAUGGGCUUUGAAAAAAGACAUGAGCUUCUUCGUGCAGCAAACCUCAAACACCAGUGAUCCAACUAAGAAGAAUGCAGUUAUCAUGGGUCGCAAAUGUUGGGAAAGCAUACCAGCGAAAUUUCGACCUCUAAAAAAUCGUCUGAAUAUCGUAAUAAGUCGAACACUGCCCAGCUGCAGAGAAGAAAACCUUAUCAUCAGUGACAACUUCGACGACAUAAUGAAAGAGCUGUCAUUUGGUGCUCUGUCAGAAAAAAUCGAGAAGGUUUGGGACAUUGGUGGCGCUGAGAUUUACAAACUUGCUCUAGAUAAAGAACUUGUGGACGAAAUGUUAAUCACGAAGAUACAAAAAGAUUUUGAUGCUGAUGUGUUCCUUACGGGUGUACAAUGGGAUCGGUUCAAAGAAGAUGAAACUGCUCGAUCGCAGUUACUCUCUGAAAAUGGGCUUGAGUUUUCGUUUCAUCGUUACUGUUAUAUAGGUUUGUAGUCGUCAGUUGUGAGUUCACAGCCUACUUUUGUAUUGCUGCUCAAUCCUUUCACUUCAUACUGCCACCUUGUAACUGACU